AAUCUGACCGUGUUUGACCUGAAGAAAUACUCUGCUUCAGAGGAGGCUCUUCUGAGGCUGCUGCCUGUGAUCAAAGUCUCCCAGAAAGUUCUGCUGAGUAGCUGUAACCUGACAGAGAGAAGCUGUGAAGCUCUGUCCUCAGUCCUCAGCUCCAAGUCCUGCAGUCUGAGAGAGCUGGACCUGAACAACAACAACCUGCAGGAUUCAGGAGUGCAGCUGCUUUCUGAUGGACUGGAAAGCUCACAUGGCAGACUGGAAACUCUUAGGCUGAGUCACUGUGGUCUGUCAAAGAAGAGCUGUGGAGCUCUGUCGUCAAUCCUCCGCACACAGUCCUGCAGUCUGAGAGAGCUGGACCUGAGCAACAACAACCUGCAGGAUUCAGGAGUGCAGCUGUUGUCUACAACACUACAGAGUCCACACUGCAGACUGGAAACUCUCAGACUGUCAGGCUGUCUGAUCACAGAGAAAGGCUGCAGAUCUCUGGCCUCAGCUCUGACCUCAAACCCCUCCCAUCUGAAGGAGCUGGACCUGAGCUACAAUCAUCCUGGAAUCACAGGAUUAACGCUGUUGACCGGUCUACAGAAUUCACAAUCAAAGCUGGACACUCUCAGGUUGGAGCCUGCUGGAAUCCAGUGGUUGACACCAGGUUUGAUGAAGUAUUCCUGUGAACUCACAAUCGACACCAACACGGUAAACCACAGAAUCCAACUGUCUGACAACAACAGGAAGGGGACACUUGUGGAGGGCUCUGUGUUAUAUCCUGAUCAUCCAGACAGAUUUGACCCCACUGCGCUGCUGUGUAGAGAAGGUCUGACUGGGCGCUGUUACUGGGAGAUUGAGUGGACAGGAGGAGUGUUUAUAUCAGUGAGUUACAGAGGAAUCAGCAGGAAAGAAAACAAUGAGUCUGGAAGAAACGAUCAGUCCUGGAGUCUGAGCUGCCGUGAUAAUGAAGAUGAAGUUGAAUACUCUGUCCUUCACAAUAACGUAGAGACGCCUAUUACCCGCUCCUCCUCCCAGCUCUAUUUCUCCUCACCCCCCUCAACCACGCACAGAGCAGCGGUGUAUUUGGACCACACUGCUGGCUCUCUGUCCUUCUACAGCGUCUCCUCCGACACACUGAUCCACCUCCACACCUUCAACACCACCUUCACUGAACCUCUCUAUACUUGGUUUGGGUUUGGGUUCUGGCUCGGAUAUGAAGGUUCCUGUGUCUCUGUGUCGUCUGUAGAGGGAGAGUCUCCUUCUGUUCACUGCUGAUCAGUAUCACCCCAUUCAAGGCUCUCCAUAACCUCCGUCACCUCUGUACCUCUCUGAUCUCCUUCAUACCGACACACUGACCCUACUCUCCGGUCUUCCUCCUCCACGCCGCUCUCUGUUCCUCCUGCCCGCUUAACCUCCAUCAUGGACCCGCCGUCUCUGGAACUUUCUACCACCAACCCCCCAUGACACAGACUUUAUCUCGACUUUAGAAUCCUGUCUCCAAACUCACCGAUUUAGAAUUCCCCCCGCAGGACUACCCAUCGUU